AGGAUGCUCUUGAUAAUUAUCUGACACGCAGCUCCAUGUUAGGGAUCGUUGGAAGUAGUUGACCUGUGGUCUUUGUGAGGAGCAUCUCUGUCUGUAUUAAUACUUUUUCAAUCGAAAUACGGAGGAUAGAUGAUAUUCGAGCAGGCUAGCUAGGUCAACUUACAACCGCUAAGCACGGAAACGGCCGACGGGGAGCCGCCACAAACAUCUGCUGAGGGAAGCCUUACGAUUCAGGCGAGUACUAGCCGCUUCACAGUUCAGGCGCGGGCAACGCGAUGGGGGCGCAGGCUUAACAGUCUAGUCAUGGUUGAUGACCGCACCAACCUUAAUGAUUAAGGCCAGUUAGUAUUUUUUUGAAGGGUUGUUCGGAGAAUACAACUUGGUCAUUUUCUAUUUCACUCUAGAGAAGAAUAAGAAUGCGUGUACGUAUGAUUGCUAUAAUUGAGUUUCAGGAGGAAAUGUUGACGAAAUUCAGCUGCAGCUCUAAGAACUUCAAGGAGAGGCGAAUGUGCGUAACAACUCGCAAGUCUGCGGUGAUCGUGAUCUGCUCGAGGAUCCUCACGUGCCCUUCGAUGAUUAAGGGUUUGAAGUGGUGUUCCACCUGUUAUAGCGUUUGCUUUGCCGCUCUUAAGCGAGAUGACAGGCGUAGCAAACGGGGAUACAAGCGAACACCAAAGACCAACCUCUAGGAUGAAGCACCAAUCGACACGGCAGAACAGGUAGCAGAGCUCAAGAUGUUGGAGUUCCAAGGCUGGUUUCGAUAUAAGCAAAAUCUAGCCUCGAACACUUACUGUGAAGGCGUGAAAGAGGCACGAUAUUCGCUCAACAAGAUGAACAUGGACGGGAGGAUGAGAAUGAGUAUCGCCACACACGGGUUACAGCUCUUCAAGUAUGGAUGAUUGUUUUUCAUCUUUCAGACCAUCUUGGCUGCCCUUAUCCCCUUACAAAGACUGUAUGAUAGCUUGGGGCGAUCUGCCGCAGUGGUGUUGUCAUCAUGCAUGACAGCGAAGCCGAGGCAUCCUAUCCUAUUCUAUCCUAUCCUUGAUGGUCUGGCUAGAUGGAAAAAGCGCCAUUCUUCAUGUCAAGCGCAUGUACAAUUUUGUGCAUUCUGUGCGAGUCGCCGUGUGCCCAUCGUUCUCAGCGUCAUUGCACAGGUGGACUGUAGGUCUCGCGCCAGAGGAUGGCGAAGAGGAGAUGGUCAAUAUCGAGGAUAUCGGAGAAGAAAAUUAUGGCUUACACCUAUCCAUCUUCUGGGGCAUUCUGUCUGAGGAGGCUCGCUUUUCAAGAAAAAAAAGCCUCCGGGAUGCCUUCCAAGAUGGAUACGGGUGAGCUCUAAGAAAACCUGCGCGAGUGGUUAGCUUGGGCUUUCCUAAACAGCGAUAAGGAUGCAACGCCGCUGCACACGCUGGUGUCGCGGGAAUUGGUCAGACGGUGCGAGCACUGGAUGGGCCACAAAUUUGAACCGGGAUUCUACAAUGAGGAUGUCGUUUCUAUGCGGCUUACCAUGGACCCAAUGAACGUAGACGUGCGUAGCUGGUUCUUCUAUUAUGAUGGAAAGCUGGAGAGGGAUGGUGAUGAUAGAUAAUAAGUACAUGAUGCGCGCGUUUUUACCUUUACGAACAAAAAUCUCCAAGAAGUAAAGCUCCACAUCGAAUUCCAAACUUGAGCAGCGGCGUCUAAAGUCCUGCGGUUUUCCAGUAUUUUCUCCCAUUUGUGGGAAGCAUGAUGCUGAGCAAAGUCUUCGGCUUUGAGGAAUCCAGCGCUGGCACGAUGACCUACUUUAUCCGAAAGGUUGCACCCGAGAGUCGAACCGAGGCCAACCGAUCAGGAGAAAACGAAAAUUUAUGAUUUUGAUCUUGUUUGAGUUUGACCGGCACCAGCGGAACCUCCCAAGCCUAAGCAAACACAAAAGAACUUGAUGAGGUCAUCCUAUCAAUAGGAGUAGACUCCGUGAUGUGCACGUCCUCUUUACUUCUACUUCUAUUUGACAUAGUUGUACCGAGCGGUACCGCCACAGGAGACUGACUGACUCUUCUGUUUUCACAUCCUUCUACUUCUAAGCAAGUCUAUCGAUCCGAACGAAAACGAUAAUACCCCGAUCGUCUUUUGCCAUGGUUUGCAGGGAUAUGUCGGCUACAUUUUCCCCUUCCUAGAGGAGCUUGUCCGCAUGUACCCACGCAGGGAUAUUUUCUUAUGCUGGAGGGCCUGUCAACAUCAGAAUGAGUGGGCAGUGGUCACCAACAUCAGUGUGUCAGCAGUUCGUUGUCACCACAAAAUUCUAUCUACGAGGAUGAUUGACGUCUCCAGCGUACUGGCCUCAAGAAAAGAAGGAUUAUACCUUUAAAUCAAUAGGAUAUUGCUUUUCAAUUUUAUGUGGUUACAAUAGGCCUUGACUUACCUUUGUUCAAUCUCUCUAACAAAAGUGAUCACCAUUCCGCAAAUCAGUGGUAGGAUAAGCGACGCCCAUAUCGCCAGUCCUAGGGAAUUUGUCUCGUGCGUUGCGGACAUGCUGUUAAGGCCGUGAUGGUGGAGGAGAGAGAGACUGACUACAAAUUUCUUCUUCUUGACAUAUUAGUCACUCUUCAGAUGAGAGCUUUCCUCUAAUUUCUCCUAUCAGAAUUCAACAUCUCUAUCUCUUAUACCCCUAGAGUGGGUACAUUCAUUCAUUCAUUCAUUCUUCUAAUUUCUCCUCAUUAAUAUGCAGAAUUCAACAUCUCUAUCUCUUAUACCCCUAGAGUGGGUACAUUCAUUCAUUCAUUCAUUCUUCUAAUUUCUCCUCAUUAAUAUGCAGAAUUCAACAUCUCUAUCUCUUCUAACUUCUGCUCACCACUAUCCAGAAUUUAACAACUGGGAUACUUACGAGCGUCGUCGCUAUUUACCGGGAGAUCUCGAUGAGAGUAGCGAUGACGAUGAAGCUUCGCGGCAACAUAGCAAAGAAAGCCAAGGCAUUGAGGAGUUUGUUCAGUUUUUGUUCUUGAGAAUGCUAUAGUCAUCUAUUCAUUCUAGCAGGUCUAGAAGGACCACGAACUGCAAAAAUAGGACAUCUUCCAUUCUUGUAAGACUUCAUUUUUAUACAUGGUAACGCGGUAGUUCUUCUUUUUUGUAAGAACGUUUUUUCCAACAACCCCUUUACAGGUAGCGGGCGCUCGAGCAUAUUAUCAAGAAUCAGUGGCGGAGAACGAGAAUCUUAUGGCGUAACCAUGGAUUUUGACAUUGAUAUCUUGAAGAAGGAAUAAUUUUUGUGCUCUAUCGUUUCGGCAUGCUUAUCAAUAGUAUCAUCUAAUGCAAUCCAAAGAGAAAGACGGAAGUUGGGCAACGGACAGCGCAGCUGAAGGCGAAAUUCGAUCAGAGUGAGCAUGUUGACGCCUUUCAAUUUGGUCCCGGCAUGGAUGCGAAGAAAAUUAAGGCUAGAUACUCACUACCCGGUGGUGUGAGGUUCGUUGGUACGUACUAUCGAUCCAAAGCGAAGGCCGCGUUCCCCUUGAUUUAAACGGCCAUGAAUCUUCAAGGGGAACAAGGCAAGUAACUCACUGACUGAAACACAGGUAGUCUAUAUUGACUGCCUAGCGCUAAGAAAAGGAUGGCUUUGCGUAGGACAGGCGCACAUUUUGUGGGUCACUCUUUUGGUACGUUCGUGAUGUCGUGGGUGAUCAGAAGAAGGCCGGAUUUGGUAAAAUAUGCGACGUUCAUCGAUCCUGUAUGUUUCCGCCUGCUCUCGCCUACGCUCUGUUACUCGAUGGUAUACAGAGAACCGCGAACCUGGAUUCAGACCGCGAUCCAUUAUUAAGGCGAUUCUUGAUGCUUUUCCCGUUGUCUCCAGCUGCAUGCUUUUUCUCCUUGUUUGUUCGAAGCAUUUUUGCUAAAUAUUGCAAAAUGAAACGCUUUUUUGGGCCGCUUUGGCUAUGUCGCCUCGACACCUUGCGUGAAAAGUCGGCAAAGGCAUCCUAUCCUAUCCUAAAAUGAAACGCUUACGCUUCCUCUUCAACCUCUUGUUCUAACACUACAUUGUAUCGAAGGAAUUUUCAAUUGCCUCUUGCUUACAGCGGAAAUUCCCGUGGAACCAGUUCGUGCUGUGGCCAGAAAAACUCCGGUUUCCGACGAACAUCAUUCUGCAUGGCUGUGACAGUAUGAUUCCUGCGCACAGCGUCCGAACGCAGAUUUCUGCAGUGAUCGAACUGCGAAAACAAAAGUGGAAAGCGUGGCAUCUCAGGAAGAACAGACGGCAGCGUGAGUAUUUUGCUAAGCAAUACGAUAGUGCUGGAGAGGCAGCCGGAGCAACAACAACAGCUUCCCCUGGAUCAUCGUCCCAAGGUGAGGCUUUCGUCUACCUUCCGUCAGAAAAAUUCGCUCAAAAUUAUGAGGAAAUGAUCAUUUGUAGUAUAACUAUAAUGUACAUUAUCAUCAUAUGACAUAUGUAGUAACUAUUAACUAUAAUGUACAUGAUCAUCAUAUGACAUAUGUAGUAACUAUGAUGUGCAUGAUCAUCAUAUGACAUAUGUAGUAACUAAUGCACAUGAUCAUGAUAUGACAUAUGUAGUAACUAUAAUGUACAUGAUCCUACAAUCCCGGCUGGUCACCGGGGUCCCAUAGGGACAACACUACCGCGCGAAACAUCGAAAGAUGACCUGCGCACUCCGAUGCCCUUGACGGGUCGGGGCGUGGCUACCUCCUCUACGCUUACUGGUGGAGCGGUAUGGUUGCGAGCUGUCUGGCGCCGCUUUCCUUCGCAGGGAACUCGCUCCUGUCGGAGGACUGCGAGGCGAUGCCCUUCCCCCCCUCCCUAACCGGGAGGGUCUCCACUGGAGCAACGCCUUGGCAAGGGGCUCCCGCGGCGCAGGCGUGGCGGUCUCGUCGGGCGACGACCUCUUCGGAGACGGUCCUGGUGGCGUCUAGGUUUUCCGGCCCUUUGGUGGUGCUCCGCUGGCGCCUUGCCUUCGCUGCUUUGGCUCUUCUUUUUGGCGGUUUUACCUCUCUGCUAUUUCUACGGGACUGGGGGUUGUGGUCAGUGAUGCAUUGGCUUUUCGGAAACAAUACGAGCGAGCGGCGGCACUGUGCAGGAGUGCCGCCGCUUCCUUCCCGCGCACCUGGUAAGUGCUGGCCUGCUGCUGUCGUUGAGCUCUCGCCCCAUACUACGACGCGGCUCGCCGCGGGGAGGUCCGGCGCUUUGGGGCUGCCUUGGCGCGGCGCGCCGGCUUCCGACUAAAUGCCCCCGGCGAUGCUUCCCUGCUGUCUUCACCGCUGCACCUGCUUACCCUUUUUCGGUGUUGGUUCGAGGUCUCAGGCUUCUUCUUACUUACCAUGACGGCGCCGGCAAACGCACCCGGACCGCGGCGCCUCUUGUUAGGACUCUCCUGCAUUUGCCUAACGCGUCGCUGUGCUUCAGAUUCCGCCCCCCGGGCCGUCUGUAGGUCUGUGGAUGACCGUCUAUCCUUCUCCUAAUAAUAAUAUUAAUGAUCCUACAAUUCACAUGAUAAUCUUCAUCCUUCCAGCAUAUCUACGAUGGUCUGAUAUAUGUUCAUUACAUCAUCAUCGUCUAAGCACAAAAUGCGCGUGUGAGGAUGUUGUGGUAUCCGCAUCUUGGGCACGCGGAAUUUAUGGUCCGGCCAAAGGCGAAGAUUACCCUGAUGGAGAUCCUAGAGCGUGUUGGACAGGUUGAAGCAGAGGAUAUUAAGGCCUACUCAUAUUCAUCUCGGGAAGCAUCUUACUUACUUAAAAGCGUUUUGUAAGGGAAAACGACUACCAAGAUGCUCCUCAGGGUGAAUAUCGGUAAGGUCUAAGGAUAUCAGAGAACGACAGCAUCUGGCUACCCCGAUCUAUUACAAGGGGAGAUCGAAAACCAACAGCAAAGAACGAAAUGUCGGACCGUAAUGCGAGGUGUGGGAGAUGUAUUCUGACUGACUUCUCUGCAAGGAGGACGGGUUGGGACUGGGGGUCUGGACUCGGGAUAUUGGGUUCGUUGCGGAAGAUUUUUAGAAAGAUCUCAGCAUUCUCAUUCAGAAACAGUAACAUACUACAGUUGAAAUCACUUGGACUUGCACGUUCUUCCUUCGAAGGGAAGAUCAUAACCACUACAUUCCCGAUCGCAAUUUCGUUCUUUGAAGCAACAAUGAAUUCAUUUUCCAGUGAACGCAUGAAGCAACGAUGGAUUCGUGCAUACCUACCGCUACCUCCCUGCCUUAACGAUAGCAGUGCACAUCUAAUGAAUCUAACAAUCGGAAUGCUUUUCAUGCA